AUGCGGCGUUUGAGAGGCCCUCGUCCUUCGGUUGGCGAAAAUAACCCAGAAUCUACCCUGGGCAAUCUAUAUCAAGGAUCACGCGGGCAGGUCCAACUCGAUUACGGCUCAUCGAAUGCCUCGCCGAACUAUUUCCAGAUCGCAGGGAAUCGUGACCAUCCGGACUCAACGACUCCAAGCCUCGUCUCCGUUCUUGCUUCGCAACGGCAUCCGACGCUUGCGCAGCUACAGCAGACGCUGACGCAUCUCGAGCAGCUGGUCCAGCAGGUCACAACCAACGCGAACUCGCUUUGGCCAGCGGCCGUAUAUAAUGCACCAACACACCAGGCCGGCCCCACAGAAUCUUCCAUUUCGCGCCUCCCUCCUGAGGUCCUUGGCGAGAUCUUCUGGCAUUGCCUACCCGCGCUCCCUGACGCACAUUUCAACCUCACCUUCCGACCGCGCACGUCCGAGGCGCCGCUAUCCCUCGCCCGCGUCUGCUCCCUCUGGCGGAGCAUCGUGUUAACCACGCCACGGCUCCACGCGACGCUCGCGAUAGUCCAGCCUGCGGUGCACGGUCUACUCCCUCCCCAAGGGACGUACUUCCGCGGUCAGCCCGUUACAGCGCUGCAGACGAUGAUCGCGCGGGCAGGCAACCUGCCGCUGGACGUGCUGCUUCGCAGCCGCCGAUGGCUACCCGGCGAGGCGAAGGCGUGCGCGCGGACCAUUUGUUCCGUCUCCCCGCGCUUACGGGACCUCGAUCUGCACUAUGGCUGCGAGGACGUCGUGCGAAAGGUGUUCGCGUUGCCGCCCGACGAGCUGCCGCGCCUCGAGCGACUCCGCAUCGCGUCGCACGUGCUAUCUGGCGCGGAUCACGCUCGUGUCUGGGCGGCGCCGUGCCUCACAAGCCUCGAGCUCGACAACGUCCGCUUCGCGGCGCCUGUGGCGCUGCCCGCGCUGCCCCUCGUGCGCUUGACGGAACUGGUGCUGAAGGUGCACGCGCCGCCGGUGACGGUCGCACAGACGCUCGUGAUCCUCGCCAGUGCACCCGCACUCGAGAGCCUGACGGUUCGCCUGGACGACGCAGCGUGCGCGGUGGAAGCAUAUGAGGCUGGGGAUCAGGUGCUGGAGGAACUCGAGCUGCCGAUGAUAAAGAGCAUCCUCGUGCGGGGUGCGGACGGAGGGCGCGGGUGGCCCGGAUUGGAAGAGUUCCUAGAGAGGUCGGGGCGCGUGCUUGGCGCGCCACUGGAAAGGCGUGAGGUACCGAUGGUGCAUGCUGUGGUUUUGGAGGCGUAUGCUGUCGCUGUAAGCCGGGAUAUGGAAUAUUAGCGUUUAC